AUUUUAAUUUUUUUACUUUUAAUUUUUUAAUUUUUUUACUAUUGUAUUAGCAUUAAUGUUCUUUUUCCAUUCUAAGGCCUUACAUUGCUAUCCAUAUUUUUUGUUUUUGUUUUUUAUAUUUUUUGUUUUUGUUUUUUAUUUUUAAGUUUUUUGUUUAUCAAUUUUUUGGUUUAAAAAAAAAAUUUUAUUUUGGUUAUAUUUGUUGUAUAUCUUCGUACGUACUAGUUUUUUAUAUGAUACAAUUUUUUGUUAUUGUUAUUGUGAGUACUGCUUGGAUGUGUUGUCUGUCUUACCUGUUUUGAAAUUUUCCUCUAUUAAUCUUUAUUUUUGUCUUGACAACUGUCAAAAUAUGCUUCGUUCGAUAAAUAAUUCUUCUUUAUUCUAAUGUACUUCAUUUCUUCCCUCGGGUGUUCACUGCUCGUGUGUGACCAUUCGGCGAAUUUUAUAUGCCAAAGUUUUUAAAUAAUUAUACUCAAUCAAAACCUAUUAUUCUGCCACCAAAUACUCAAUCACAAACCGAGGUCCUGAAUUAUGGAAUACACUUUAAAAUAAUGAUCUUAAAACACUUUCUUCACUUAAUCAAUUCAAAACUAAACUUAAGCAAAAUCUUUUACUAAACGACAAUGAGCUAAAUUUCUUCUAAAGCGUUUAAAUGAGAGUACUAUUAUUAAUAAUUUUCAGCAUAACAAUUAUGUUUAACAAUUUAAUUUUAAUAAUUGUUUAUUACUAAGAUUAUUUAUUCAGAUCCAUAAAUAUGAUGAAUAAUAUUACUGGCUUUUUGUUUUGUUUAUUUAUUUUUUUUGUUUUGUCUUUUUUGUUUGUUUUUUCUUCUUUUUUGAUGAUCUUUUUUUUUGGUUUGUUAUUUUAUUCCCCUAUUUAAAAUAUAUUUUUAGUCAACUUUAACGAUAAAAAAAAAAUUUAAAAGAUAUGUAACUUACAUUAUUACGGUUUUUAUAAGCAUUGUAACUUACGGUGUAUUUAUUACGGGGCUUAGUGAUAAGACAACUACUGUUUUCUUUUUGCCCCGGUCAUAUUUUAUUUUUGUUCAUGUUCUUUGGUAUUGUAAUUACUCAUAGCGACGAAAUAUAUAUAUAAUAAUAAAAAAUAUAUAUUAGGAUGUCCCGAAAACAUACUUUUUUUAAAAUUUCAAUGUGCUCUCCACUGAUCCCCAUUCUAAAGGUCCUAAAUAAUUACCAAAAUCUUUAUUUUUAUUUUUCAAUGACUAGAAGUGAUAGAUGUAAAUUCUGAGUUUUACGGUAUUGCACACAUGUGUAUUUACUUAUAAACACUUAGAGCAGCCGUGGCGCAGUGGUAACGCACUUGCCUCAGAAACGUAAGAUCCGUGGUUCAAACCCCACUUCUGGACAAGUUAUGCGACAUCGGUUGGGAAGGAGGCGUGAACUUCCUAUUAAAUGCUCUUCCGCGGUGCUCUGUGAUAAGACCGUACGGACUUCUUGGGGCACCUAAAAAAAAAAAUAAAAAAAAAAAAAAAAAAACACCGCUAUUUAGUAUUUCAGUAGGUUUUAAUAUGAUGUAAUAAUUGGUACACAAAUAAUUCCCAUAGAACACUAUUAAAGAAUAGGAUCAUUCCCUAUGAACAUUGUUAGCGAUUGAUAUAAUUCCCUCUGGACAAAAUUUUUAGUUGGUAUAAUUCCUCAUGGAUUGGUUCACAAAUAACUCCAUUUAGAAAUUUUUUUUAAGGAAAAAAUUUCUAAAUGGAAUUAUUUGUGCACGAAGGAAUUCUUAUUUAUUCACGAAGAAAUUCUUGUGUAAACGGUUAUAAAAGCCUUAACGGUAAACUUAGAUAAAAUUGAGAGAAGGAAUAACGACUUCAUAGAUUUUUGAUGUAAGUGUAAAAUUUAGUAUAAACUUAGUUUAAAAACUGAUAAUUUCGAAAUUCAUAUAAAAAUGGGUAGAACAGCUAAAAAAAAAGAAGAUGAUAGGACAGAAUAAGAAAAAACGGAAAAAUACAGAAAGGUUGAGGUAUAUUUACCGCAGACAGUUUCCGUCUAAUGGUGAUAUUCUAAGAUACUAUCAAUUUAUCCUUCACGAUUCACAAGUAAAAUACAAACCCACUUAUAAUAAUGUUGGUUGCAAAUUGAAAUCGAAAUCCAAGGAUCUUGUUUAUGAAAAUGGUGUUUAUACAGAUCCUGAUAACUCUUCCUUGGUAACUAGGAUUAAAAAAAUUUGGCAUAAUGCUGGGUUUGGCAAGAAAUUUGUGAUUUCUAGGUACAAUAUAAAGACCAAAAUUAUUAAACUUAAUCUAAAAUACAAGGAAUUGAUUAAAUUGUCUUCUUUAAACUGGAACAGCAGCCUUGAUAAGCAAUCAAAGUUAGAGAAAGGUUUUCUCACAGAAUCCUAUCAGCUUUUUGAUAUCUCCACUAAGAAUUUUAAAAAAGAUAUUUUUGCUGAUAGAUUGAGAACAGAUGAUGCCAAGAAGAUAUAAAGUAAGUUCAUUAAAUAACACUUUUUUAGUAGUAAGGUUUUUUUUCCGAUUUAAAGUAACUUAAGUAAUAGCAUAUUAUUUCCUUUAAAAUAUUUACGUUUAAUUCCUUCCAUGGUUUGGCCAUCUUCCAGGAAAAACUAGAACAAUUAUUGUCAUAUGAUUCUAUGACAGAAGAGAUUCAGUUCAGUAGUGAAGAAGAAAAGCCAAACGAUGACUCUGAAAUCAGCGAGGAAGAAGAUUUUCUGGGUAACGGUCGGAAACGCAGGUUCUUUAUUGAAUAACAGAAUAAAAUGGAAAACAGCUUUGAUUAUAUUAGAGAUACUCAACGAGAUGCUAUCAUAAUGAAAGCUGAAGAUUUAACUCAUGGUUCAAAAAGAUUUGGUCGUUUUUUCUCAGUUACCAAUCAUUCCAUAGAUUGUUUAUUAGAAGAACUAUCAACCGUAAACGGGCAAAAGAUGCAAAAGAUGAAUACAUUGUCUGAAAUUAUUCCCUCGGAAUCGCAAUGUGAAACUGAACACGUUUUAAUCUCUUGCGAAGAAGACGGCUUCAAAAAAGAAUACAAAAAAAAUUCAUUAUCUAGACAAUCAAAACUUGGUAUUUUACAGCCUAAAAACACGUUUUUUGCACGCGAUAAAGAACUUCGACUUAUACAUAAAAAUAUGUUUGAAACAGCAAAACCAAAUAAAACUCUCUUGUUAACCGGAAUGUCCGGUGUUGGAAAAACACAACUUGCCAGGAAAUAUUGUGUUCAAUAUGAUAAAUAUUAUGAUAAUAUUGUGUGGUUUGAUGCUGCGUUUGGUAAUUUACAAGCUUCGAUAAACAAUCUUUCCGAAAAGUUGGGGUUGAAACUGAAUAACGACAAAGAAUUUGUCAUUAAAAUAAUUCAUGAAUAUUUCAAAGGAGAAAAGACAUUAUAUGUCUUUGAUGGUGUAAACGAUGAAAACAUUAAAAUUCUUGAAAAAUACGUUUCAAAAGAGUUGAACUCGUUCACAUUGAUAACAUCACAAUGGUCAAGUUUGUGUUUAAACUUUAAACAAAUAAAAAUUACAACUUUUUCACACGAUGAAGGUCUUCUUUUUUUAAAAAAUCACAUUAUCGCAGACGAGGACAAAAUUUUAAUAAAAAUAACAAAAGAAUUAAUGCAUCAUCCUUUUGCCGUCAACCAAGUCAUUAUCUACAUUAUUAAUCACAAAAUUUCUUUAGAAAAAUAUCUCGAUCUCCUUCAAUCAUAUCCUACUCAAAUUUUUGAAAAUUGUUUUAAAUAUCAAACCGAUUGCUAUCAAAUUGAACCAGAACUGUUAUCCGCAAUAAAACCAGUAAAUCUACUUUUACAUAAGUUAGAAGAAUGCCAUGAAGUUCCGUUAAAAAUAUUAAACUGUUUGUCGCAUUGCAAUGGUCAAAAAAUCACGAAAAAAUUUGUCUUUGAAAUAUCAAAGCAAAUUGAAGUCAAUGACAAACAUGUUGUAGAUAAUGCGAUUUUAUUACUUGUUAAAUACGCGAUGCUUGAUUGGUUUGACAAUGAAUGUGACCAUGUAACAAUGCAUAAACUAACACAAACGUGGUGUAAAUAUUAUCAGGAAAAAAAGAACAUUACCGAAAUAAAUAAAAAAUAUAUUAUAAAUUUUUUUAGACAGCUGUUAAAUGAAACAACGGACCAUUUAGAUUACGAAAAAGAUUUCCUACCUCAUUUUCUACUUAUGUUUCGUACAAACAAACAAAGAAUGUGCAAAGAGUUUUACAACAGGACAAACAAUGUACGAAUUUUGUUAACUAAAAACUGCUUUUUUGAAGAUGCAAUGGAUAUAUUGCAAAGCAUCAAAAUCUAUAAUAUGGAAGUAUUUGGAGAAGGUAAUCGAUUUACGCUUGAUUCUAUGCAUAAUAUCGCAUUUUGUUUAAGCGAUAUGGGAAAACAUAACGAAGCUCUAGAUAUGUAUUAUCACAUUGAAAAAAUUGAAACUAAAGUAUUAGGAGUAAACCAUCCAUCAUUAUUGAUUACAAAAUAUAACAUUGCAUCUUUUUUGUAUACCAUGGGAAAGUAUAAUGAAGCUCUGGAGGUUUACUACAAUAUUGAAAAAAUUGAACCUGAAAUUAUUGGAAUCUCUCAUCCAUCAUUAUUGAUUGCAAAACAUAAUAUUGCAUCGUGUUUGUAUAACAUGGGAAAGUUCAAAGAAGCUCUAGAAAUAUAUUAUUACGUUGAAAAAGUAAAAACUGAAAAUUUGGGAGCCGAUCAUCCCUUGUUAUUGGAUGCAAAACACAAUAUUGCGAACUGUUUAAACAAUAUGGGUAAAUAUAAUGAAGCUUUAGAAAUCUAUUACUAUGUUGAAACAUUGCAAACUCAAUUUUUAGGAAACAAGCAUCCGUCGUUAUUAAUUACAAAAAAUAAUAUUGCGUUUUGCUUAAAUAAUAUGGGAAAGUAUAAUGAAGCCCUAAUAAUAUACUAUCAUGUUGAAAAUUUAAAAACUGAAAUUUUAGGAAACAACCAUCCAUCGUUAUUAGAUACAAAACAUAAUAUUGCAUCAUGUUUGUACAACAUGGGAAAUUAUAAAGAUGCUUUAGAAAUUAAUUAUUAUGUGGAAAAAAUUCGAAUUGAAAUUUUAGGAAAAAAUCAUCAAUCAACUUUAACAACAAAAAACAAUAUCGCAAGCUGUUUAGACAACAUGGGCAAGUUUAAGGAAGCUCUUGAAAUAUAUUACUGUAUUGAGAAGAUACAAGCUGAAACUUUAGGAACUCAUCAUCCGUCGUUCUUGACAACAAAAAAUAACAUCGCCUAUUGUUUAAACAACGUGGGAAAAUAUAACGAAGCUCUAGAAAUUUAUUAUUUUGUUGAAAAAAUAGAAACUGAAAUUUUAGGGAUCAAUCAUCCGUCUUUAUUAACUACAAAAAGUAAUAUUGCACUCUGUUUAGACAACAUAGGUCGUUACGAUAAAGCUUUAGAAAUUUUCUAUCAUGUAGAAAAAAUACAAACUGAAAUUUUAGGAAAUAAUCACCCUUCGUUAUUAAUUACAAAAUAUAAUAUUGCAUUUUGUUUAGAAAACAUGGGAAAUUAUAUCAAAGCUCUAGAAAUUUAUUAUUAUGUAGAAAAAAUGCAAACCGAAACUUUAGGGCCAGAUAAUCCAUCAACUUUGCUUACAAAAAAAAAUAUUUCUCUAUGCUUAAGCAAGUUAAAAAAGCAUGAUAAAUGUCUGUUAUUGUAGAAAAUGUUUAUAAAAAACAUAUUUUUUGCAAUUUAUAAAUCUAAAAAUGUUUAUUGUAAAAUAUGUUACGU